AUGACCUCAAUCGCCUUGGAACAAGGGAGCCAGGGCAGGCAUUUCUCUUGGUUGAUGAUGAGAUUCUCAUGGAAUUUUCUUCCUGUCCCCCAGGUGAAGAUGACAUUUCUGCUGAUCACCGUGACUUACCUUUGCGCUCACACGUUGAUGGACAUCCCUCAGGUGACUUGCCAGCCGGUGCUGGACAUGGCAUAUGAUGCUUUUGAUGACCGCUAUAUUGGCUGCACAGAAGAUAUGGAAAAUAUAAUCAAAUCUAAACUGCUGCGGAAAGAGAAGUCAACGCACAAGGUGUUUAGCAAAAGAUGGGAAGCUGCAAAAAAACAAUGGAAUGAGAAGAAGAAAAACCUCUCUCUGCCUAAAGAGUUUAAGGAUGAGAAUGGAAUAGCAAUCCUGGCCUAUACCAGUGGAAAUCGGAUAUCUCUGCACAAGGAGUUCAACAAAGCUGUGAGAGAGGCUGGUAAAUCCCGAACAUAUUAUCUCAAACAUUUCCCAUUCAAAGCCCUUCAUUUUUAUUUGACCAGAGCGUUGCAGCUCCUGAAGAGAGACUGUGCUGAGAUGUACGAGACGGAGGUGUACAGGGGAGUCCGUUCUCACCGCUACAAGAAGAGAGGUAGCAUGGUCCGGUUUGGGACAUUUACCUCUUCAUCUGUAGACUGGGGCGUAGCUCAGAGAUUUGGCUCGGCCACAUUUUUCACCAUCCGGACGUGCUUCGGGGUCCCCAUUGCAGACUUCUCUUAUAUUCAAGCUGAACAAGAAGUGCUGAUUCCUGUCUAUGAGAGAUUUAGGGUGUUCAACUUCACCCAGGACAAGAACGGCAACGCAUUUGUCCUCCACAGCACAAACCGGACCUUCAGCCGUUACAACUGCGCCUACAUAGAAGGAAAGAAAGGGCGAGGGGGGGCCUUGCGCUUGGAAGGAUUUCACGCAUCCGGAACACUUCGGGCUGGGCGUGCCGAAGCAGAGGCAGAAACCACGUGAAAUGUUUGCUUUGCUCCUUUUCAGUCUCUUGUGCAGCCCACUUGUGUUCCAAUAUGCUAUUAAACAGCCAGGGCUUGAUGGGUAGUCAUGAUGUUAAGCUGACCUUUCCCAGCUUGGGAACUUGCAGCCUGCCAGUGAUUUGUCAACAGAUCACCACGAGAGGGCAUGGGAGAUCUUCCGCUGGAUUCGCUUGCUGCAUUUACAGCCAAAGCCUCCUGCUUUGCAGUAUUUACUGUGUCCAUCUCAUUUAAUAGGUAACUCUGAACCCCGGCUUUAUGUCCUCUGGGUUGCAGACGUGAGCAGCAUGUUGUCUGCUGGGAUGAUUUUGCUGUACUGA